CCGCCCAUGCCUGCGACUGAGAUCUGGACCUGACGGCGACGGCCACGCUGACGGACCUGACGGUCAGUCUGAGCCGGCCGCUCGAGCUAGAAGGACCGGCACAGAAGCAGCGCGAAGCGACCCCAAGUGGACAUAUCGUCUGAGUUAGAGGCCAAGCAAAGCAUCAUGGACUGCGACAUGUGCUUCGAGGAGUUCGACCUGGUGAAGCGCACCCCCAAGGUGGUCCCGUGCGGACACACCGUGUGCCUGCAGUGCCUCAGGCGCAGCACCAGGAAGGAGUGCCCGACGUGCCGCACGGGGUUCGAUGCCUCCCCAGCGUCGCUGCCCGACAACUUCGCCGUGCUGCGUCUGCUGGAGCGUGAGGCCGAGGACGCCAGCAGCAGCGGCGGGCUGUGCGUGCGCUGCAGCGCCGUCGCCCGGGACCGGUGCUGGAGCGAGCACACGGUCUUCAUCGUCGAGCCGGCGCUGGCGCGGUACCUGGAGGAGGCGCAGGAGAGGGCCGACAGGCUCGAGUGGCCGAGGCUGCGAGUGGUCGAGAUCCUGGACGCCCUGAUCGACGACGUGCGGGUGCGGCCCCCCCGGGACCCGCGCGCGGACGCGGGGCGUGGAGCCGGCCGCGGCCACUUCAAGCCCGAGCAGAUAGAGACGGCCCUGCAGGACUGGCGACGGCAUAUGUUUGACGUGAAGUGGGCCGCGCAGCCCCUCUGGAGCCUCCGCCCGCGCCCGCUCUGGGGCGAGGGUAGGGCGCCCGAGUCUCGAUAUGGAUGGCCGGUAUACACCGACGAUGGACCUCCAGCGCCUCCAGUUUUCUAAAUCGAGGGUACCGCCUCGCUACAGGGUAUUUGCACCAGAAAAAAAUGGG